ACUGCCCAUCAGAAAACUGACAGACAGGCAGGCAGACAGACAGACUCACUGUCUCACUGACCCUUCACAAUCAUGAUGGAGCUCUCAUAUCAAUCUAUGAAAGUCGCCCAUCAGGCCCGGGAGGCGGAUGAGCUGAGGACUGAGAUGAGGAGGAAGAGCCUCCUCAUCCUCAUUUACCAACACCUGCUGGGGCAAGGCUACGUGGCUGCAGCACUGGCCUUGGACCAGGAGACUAAUGGAGGUGUGAGGAGGUUCGAGGUUUGUGAUAACAUCGAUCUGGAGAUGGUGCUGAUGGAGUACGAGAGCUAUCACUACGUCAAGUUCCAGAGAUAUCCCAAACUCAUCCGGAGAACAGCCGAACUAGGUGAAAACAGAUUUGCAAGAAGUGGUGGAGUAAAGAAGAGUCCCUGUCCAGCUGUGAAGCCUCUUCCCAAAAUCAACCCAUCCCAGAGCCCGCAGUCUGGAAACGCAGCCAAGAAGACAGCUGCCAGUUCACAUACUAAUGAGAAUGGCUCUUCUGUUCCUCCAGAGACAUCAGAGUUUGGUCUCAACGUUUCCUCCAUCAGAAAUGGACUAGCAGGGGAGUCAGCCAUGAACAGAAAGACGACUGACGGCAAGGGCUCAAUCUAUGAAGCUGUAAAAGGAUCUGGCACUGACUCAGACCACAUGGAACGGCUGCUGAAGCCGCUCAGUGGCUUUUCUGGAAUGAGCGGUGAGAUGAGAGAACUGGCUGCAAUCAUCAGCAGGGACAUCUAUUUGCACAGCCCCAAUGUGCGGUGGGAGGACAUCAUCGGCCUGGAGGACGCAAAGCGAUUAGUCAAAGAGGCCGUCGUCUAUCCCAUUAAGUACCCCCAGCUGUUUACAGGCAUCCUGUCUCCGUGGAAGGGCUUGCUGCUCUAUGGCCCCCCAGGUACGGGUAAGACGCUGCUGGCCAAGGCCGUGGCUACAGAGUGUAAGACGACUUUCUUCAACAUCUCAGCCUCCAGCAUCGUCAGCAAGUGGAGAGGAGACUCUGAGAAACUGGUCCGGGUUCUGUUUGAGCUGGCCAGGUACCACGCUCCAUCCACCAUCUUCCUGGAUGAGCUGGAGUCAGUGAUGAGCCAGAGAGGAAACAGCAUAGGAGGAGAACACGAGGGGAGUCGCAGGAUGAAGACUGAGCUGCUGGUUCAGAUGGACGGACUGGCGAAAUCAGAGGACCUGGUGUUUGUACUGGCUGCCUCCAACCUGCCUUGGGAACUGGACCAUGCCAUGCUGAGGAGGUUAGAGAAGAGGAUUCUCGUUAGUCUUCCCUCCUCGCCAGCUCGCCAAGCCAUGAUCUCUCAUUGGCUGCCUCCUCUAAGCUCCACAGGAGGGGUGGAGCUACAAACUGAGCUGGACUAUGAAACUCUGGCGAAGAGGAUGGAGGGUUACUCGGGCUCUGAUAUACGACUGGUGUGUAAGGAGGCUGCCAUGAGACCAGUCCGCAAGAUCUUUGAUGCACUGGAGUCACAUCAGGACGGAGACACUAACAUGCCUGCCAUCCAGCUGGAAACUGUGACAACAGCUGACUUCCUGGAAGUCAUCGCACACACCAAACCCUCGGUCCGAAACCUGAUGGACAGAUACGCAGCCUGGGAGAAGGAGUAUGAGUCUGUCUGACACACAUUUUAAUAUAAGAAAAAAAGACUUUUAUACUAACACUACAGCACAUCUGAAGUGUUUGUCUUGAUGUAUACAAAUUGACCUACUGCUGUUACAGAUUGUGCUCUUUAUUAAGGCUUUCUUAAAUAACACAAUACACUCCCUGACAUUUAAACUGUCUUACAAAAACGUGCCUUACAAAAGCCUGCAUCAUUACUUUAGUGAGAACAUUAUCAUAAUUAACUCUUUGUGUCCCCAUGAUACAACUUCUGCUAGAUGUCAUUUGAAAUCAGUCAA